CCUCAAUACCAUUCCCAUUCCUUGUAUACCCUCACAUCAAUCCAUUGAAGAAUCAUCAUGCCGUGGAAAGACCAUCUAAAGCGUCUCAAGAAUGAGUUCGAAAAUCUAGUCGGUGAACCGCAAGCUCAGAAUCAACAACAUCCCCCACCGCCUGGACCUCCUCCACCUCAGCAACCCAUCGGCGGCCAGCAGCCAGGCCACGUCUACUGGCAACCUCAAUUCCGGCCUGAUGUCCCCGUCACCCAAGAGUGGGAUGCAAAGAUCGGAAACGGCCCGGAUGGCUGGGGUAAUCAGGAAUUACAGUACUACACCGCCGAUCAACAAAAUGCCUUCCACACUCCUGAUGGGAAAUUGGUACUGAGAGCUGUUGCGAGUAAUUCUUCUGAGGACCAUGAGAAGCGGUAUACUUCUGCUCGCUUGGUGAGUCGGCAGACCCUCUCUAGGGAUCAGGGCGUCCUCACCGCCUGGAUUACUUCACCCUGUGCGACGGGUAUCUGGCCUGCAUUCUGGCUUCUUCCCCAGGAGCCUUUUUCGUGGCCUACAGAUGGUGAGGUGGACAUUGCGGAGACGUGGAAUGGAGAUCUUGAGAAUCAUUCUUGUCUGCACUGGGGUCACCACCAUGAACCUCACAAACAUCGUGUUCUCGGCACUAAAAUCCCUGACAUGCAGCAUCGCCCGGUUAGGUAUGACUUUGCAUGGCUCCAGUCAGGUGGACAGCCUGGUCAGGGUAGAAUGAUCUGGUAUAUUGAUGGUAGACCUGUUAUGAAGGGAGAUAUCCCCGAAGGUACAAGGCCAAUGAGGGAGAUGACUAUUCUUCUCAACGUUGCUAUGGGAGGUAAUGUUUGCGGCGGUAAGACCCCUGCAGAUGGAUAUUACGAUAUGGUCGUGCAUAGUCUGUAUAUGGGAAGCGAGCCGGAAUAUGGUGGUUGGCAUCGAUUCGAGAAUGAUUGGGCUGCGUCGCCGAUGGGAAAUACCUACUGAGCGCUGAAAAAUGAGAUGAAACAUUACAACAUUCGAUCUUGCCUGAGCCUUUUUGGAAAGCUAGCCUCCUUUAGAUGUAUCUGAGGUCAAUCAGCAGAUAUCAGAUGUU